AAAUCAUUUUGAGUGUGGUCAGAAGUCCCUGUGGUGCAGGCGGGCUUAUUAGCCGGACAACAGCUCUCAUUGGCUGAAAUGAAGCAUGUCGCGAAAAAGAAGCCAAAGCAUGUCUUCUGAUUGGUUGUACGGGCCGUCCGUCAAAAGACCUUGACAUCCUCUCGGAGUCUGCGCCCUACCGCCAAGCAAGCGAGCGAGCGAGCAAGCAAGGGAGCCACUGUCCCAGCCUCCAUCCGUCUAACUCGUCGCACAAUGUUUUUAAUAAUUUACAAGGCUGUUUGUCGUUCGUCGUGUGCAAAUUCAAAGACUGUGGACUGAUACCACCAUCUACAGUUUGCCAUGGCGACGGUAGUGAUGGAGCAGAUCGGCCGCCUGUUUAUCAACGCCCAGCAGCUGCGUCAAAUCCCCCAGCUGCUGGAGUCGGCCUUCCCCACGCUGCCUUGCACCGUCAAGGUGUCCGACGUUCCCUGGGUGUUCCAAGAGCGUCACAUCCUCACCGGCUACAGACAGCCGGACCAUAGCUGGCGCUACUACUUCCUCACCCUCUUCCAACGGCACAACGAGACCAUUAACGUAUGGACCCAUCUGCUGGCCGCCCUCAUCAUCUUGGUGAAGUGGCAGGAGAUCUCACAGACUGUCGAUUUUUUGCGAGACCCUCACGCUCAGCCCCUCUUCAUCGUCCUCCUCGCCGCCUUCACCUACCUCUCUUUCAGUGCCCUCGCUCAUCUCUUGUCUGCCAAAUCCGAGCUCUCUCACUACACCUUCUACUUCUUCGACUACGUGGGGGUGGCCGUCUACCAGUACGGCAGUGCGCUGACUCACUACUACUACGCCAUCGAGGAGUCUUGGCACGCCAGAGUGCAAGGGUUUUUUUUACCCGCCGCUGCUUUCUUGGCCUGGCUCACAUGCUUUGGCUGCUGCUAUGGCAAAUACGCCAGUCCCACGCUUCCCAAGCUUUCGCACAAGCUUUUCCAAGUGGUGCCCUCAGCCUUGGCUUACUGUUUGGACAUCAGUCCCGUGGUGCACCGCAUCUACGCGUGCUACCAGGAAGGCUGCUCCGACCUGGUCGUGGUGUACCACCUUUACCAAGUGCUCCUUUUCCUCAUCGGCGCCUACUUUUUUUCCUGCCCCCACCCGGAGAGCUGGUUCCCGGGGAAGUGUGACUUCAUCGGGCAGGGCCACCAGAUCUUCCACGUGUUCGUCAUGGUUAGCACCCUGGUGCAGAUAGAAGCGCUGCGAAUUGACUUCAGCGAGCGGCGGCCGCUCUAUGAGCGACUGCACGGCGAUCUCGCUCACGACGCCGUCGCGCUUUUUAUCUUCACGACCUGCUGCAGUGCCCUCACUGCUUUUUACGUACGCAAACGUGUGCAAGCUUCGCUCCAUGAAAAACACACUUAAAUGCAAUGUUACAUCUCAGGUUGCUCUACAGUGACCAGUAAUUUUAAUUUGAUCAUUUUUGAACAGUGACUUCUUCCUUGUGUAAUCUGCCAAACUACAGUUAACAGUGUGAACUAUUUGUCGGCAAGAGUGUAGUUCAAUCCCAUAGGUCACGUUCACUUUUUUUGCGCUUAAAACACUUUUUGAAAUGAUAUCUCAACAUGCGCUUAUGACAUUUGUUUCCCUCAGAGAUUCAAUGUCAUUCAAGAAACAGAUCAAAGGCACAUGAUAGUUUGGCUUAGGAAGUCUCAAGGCCCCUAUAAUGUAUCAUAAACAAAAUGGAGUAAGGGUAAUGUUGGUUGUCCUUGUCUUCAGUUAAAAGAAUGUUUUUUUUACUUCUCCAUCCAAUAAUGCAUGUUUUCUUAACCUGUACAGAAAACUAACAAUCAGUUUUAUCAUAACAGUUUAUUGAAAACCAAAAAUGAAUUGACCCCCCUGUAUUUUAAAUUAAUACUUUUAAGUUUAUUUACACAAUUAAAUUGACAAUAUUUUUUUUUUCUUAUUACUAUCUUAUUUGAUGUGUGUCCUUGAAGUAGGCUUCUUUUCAUUUCUAUUACAUCAGGCCAAACAAACGCAAGAAAGUUGAAAACUCAUAAAAAAAAUAAAUAAAAAAAAAACUAUUGUUCCUCUUUAAAAGCUACAUUUUAAGUGAGAUUGUUUGGGUCGCGAGAUUACCAACCUCGUUUUAUCCUAACAGUACUGUUAUUUCCACUCAAUGGCCUGGAAGUUCAGCUUUGGCCUUUUGACAUCCCACCUCUUAAUUUUGUUAUGAUUUUGUUUUUGUAAGAUGAAAUUGUACGUGCCUCUAAGCAUGUCUAUUUAAUGCCGAUGUUACGGUGUGACAGCUUCCACAGCACUGUAAGCAUCAAGUAUUACUCCUGAAAAUCUGCCAUUUAUCAUUUUGCUGUUCACCUAAUAGCACUCAGAUGAUGAAUGCAUAUUUUUCUGAAGUACGUCAGUGCUUUUCUAUUUUGCUGCGUGCGUUCAAACAUUUCAUGUUUCAAUGUCUUCAUGAUAACCAGCAUAUAGAGGGAUCGUUAUUUUUUCCUAUUGGUGUGCUGUUGCUCCGAAGCAUCCAUUAAUUUUGGCUCUUGCCGCAGAUAUGGUUCACUGAUAAUGUUUUAGCUUUCAAAAUGUUAAAUGUAAUUCCCAAGAAUGAGUUUCAUUUAUCGCAGCACUCUCUGUUCUUGAUGGUGUUUAAUGAAUGUGUUUUUUUUCUCAACACUGAUGGCACUACUGAAAGAUAAUUGCAGAGAGGAGUUAAAGGAUUUCUUGACAGAAGCGCCCAUGGUGGCUUGAAUUGAGAAUCAGAUGACUUGUAGUGCACUUCCCGAUUCAACACUGUACAUACUGUUGCUGACCACAUUGGCUAUGUUUACAUGCAUGAUGUUUUUAUACUGUUAUUGUGGGUAUACUGUUAUUUGUGUUGACAUUUUAACACAUACGGCUCUAUUUUCGUGACAGGCGUAAAUUCGGCGUGGUGUGCGGCGCAAAUCUGCACAGAGGCGAUUUAGUAAUUUGUUGGUAAUUCCGCAGACGAAUGCAAGCCGACCUAUUUAAAGAGGGAGGUCUGCCUCGCUCUGGGCGUGAUCACGACUGAUUUCAGGGAUCUCAUUCCCUUCAAAUAUGGCACAAUGACAGUCUUGCAUGGACACAACUCUGUGUGGAAGAGGACAAUGCGUAAUCGUCACAUGUGUGGCAACAUACAAUGUGAGCGGGUACCCUUAUUAAAUACAGAAUGGGCUGGUGAUAACUAUUGGCGACCUAAAUAUGUCUGCGGACCUCAUAUCUAUCCCUAUGCCCAAUCGUUUGUGUGCCUCCCCCGCGGAGCUCAUGUUUCUUUUUGCGUGUAUCCUGAUCAAACUCACCAAAAUCACAAUAGACCAACGGUCUACCUUCUGCGCCAGACUUGGACGUUGGUCAGAGCAGGCGUAAAUUUAGACCGACUUUCUGCAACCAAAUUGUCACAACGCCGGGAGCAUGUCAAAGGACACACCCUCGUCGCGCCGCAACAUCCAGCUUGUCGCAGACCCGUCCGCCAAAUUGGCAAACGUGUAGCGAGCCUUCAGCCUGCACAAAAAUUAUGCCGCAGAUGCGUCGUCUAUGAAAAUAGAGCCCUUAGAGUAAUGUGGGAGGGUUCAGAAAAGAAAAAAAAAACUACCAGAAAUUUCUCUUUUGGUCCAUCUGUCAUACAUGGGAAUAUUAAAUAUGUUUGAAACAAUUAUUAAUUUAAAGUUAAGGUAUUCUAUCCACAAAUGACCAAAUAAAAAAGUACCACAGGUCAUUUUUUCAUUUUAAAAAAAAAUUUUUUUUUAGUGUUUUGAGUAAUGAGCAGUAUUUUUUGCUGCAGUUGCCAGCCACAUUGUCACCUAUUAUCUAAAUUGCAUGUUGUGAAAAUAACAACUGGAAUAUGGGCAGUACUCUGUAAAAGUGAAUGUGUGAACAAAGCCUCUAAUGAUGCCACCCAGGUUUGCCUUCAUUAUAGAAAGCAGGGUGAGCGGGACCAGAAUGUCUUCUUCCUCUUGACUGUGUGAUUGACUGUACUAAUGUUUAAGAGAAGUAAAGUGCAUUGCAUUAACUUAAA